UCUCUUAUCUCUUUUAGAAUCACUUAAAUUAAUUCACUGUUAGAAACUAAUUAUUGAUGAUCUCAUCAACCGAUUUUGUUGGUUCAGCAUAGAGAUUUAUCAUAUGUACAGAUAUUUUUCUGAAAGGGCAUGGAGGAUUUGAUUGCUGGGAAAUAACUUGAAAACCGUUUUAAAGAUGAAAUCUUUGAAAAGUCUUAUCUUUGCUAGACUCGAAAUGGCUGCUGGGAAAUAUCAAGAAUCCUACUCUUCACGGUUUCCUAAUUGUAAAUAUCAAGUGUUCUUGAGUUUUAGAGGUGAAGACACCCGCAAGAACUUUACCGAUCACCUCUACUGGGCCCUGGUUCAAGCAGGGUUUCACACAUUUAGAGAUGAUGAUGAGAUUCGGAGAGGAGAGAAUAUAGAGUUGGAGCUCCAGAAGGCAAUACAAGAAUCGAAAAUAUCGAUAAUCGUGUUCUCCAAAGGCUAUGCUUCGUCAAGAUGGUGCCUGGAUGAACUUGUAAUGAUCAUGGAACGUAAGAGGAAUGCUGACUGCAUAGUUUUCCCAGUAUUCUAUCAUGUGGAUCCAUCUGAAGUCAGAAAUCAAACUGGGAGCUUCGCUACAGCAUUUGUGGAACAUGAAAAGCACUACAAGGAUGAGGUGGAGCUGGUGAAUGGGUGGAGGAUUGCUUUGAAGGAAGUUGCAAAUUUAGCUGGAAUGGAUUUAGGGGAUGGGUACGAGGCACAGUUUGUCCAAUCUAUUAUGGAGAAUGUCUCAAAGAAUUUGGAUCCAAAAAUAUUUUAUGUCCCCCUUCAUUUCAUUGGAAGAGACGCUUUAGUACAAGAUAUCAACUCAUGGUUGCAAGAUGGAUCCCAUGGUGCUGCCAUUGCUUUACUUUAUGGAAUUGGUGGAGUUGGAAAGACAGCCAUAGCUAAGAGUGUUUUUAACCAGAACUAUUAUAAAUUUGAAGGAAAGAGCUUUCUAUCAAAUUUUAGGUCAAAGGAUAUAGUUUGUCUACAGAGGCAACUUCUUUUCGACAUCCUAAACAAGACUGUUGAGAUAAAUGAUCCUGAUGAAGGAAUUCUGAAAAUUAAGGAUGCAUUAUGUUGCAGAAGAACUCUUAUUGUUCUAGAUGAUGUGGACAAAAGGGACCAAUUCAAUAAAAUCAGUGUCAUGCAAAAUUGGCUUUGUAAAGGAAGUAAAAUCAUUUUAACAACCAGAAAUAAGGGUCUGUUUUCAGCUAAUGAUAUUCAGUGGAUCGGGUACAAAGUUGAACUGCUAGAUGAUGAAAAAUCACUUGAGCUUUUCAGUUGGAAUGCCUUUGGACAAGCUAACCCUGUUGAUGGUUUUGUGGAAGACUCUUGGAGAAUAGUACAUCAUUGUAAUGGACUUCCAUUAGCUCUUGGAGUUAUUGGCUCUUCAUUGUCCGGAAAAGAAAGAGAGAUAUGGGAAAGCGCAUUACAACAAAUGGAAGUGAUUCCUAAUUUUGAAGUUCAUAAGGUUCUUCGAAUAAGUUACGACUUUCUUGAUGGUGAUUAUCCGAAGAACUUAUUCCUUGAUAUCGCAUGUUUCUUCAAUGGAAUGGAUGUGGAUGAUGCAGUUAGGAUACUGGAUGGGCUUGAUAAAGGUGCAAGAUUUGGGAUUGACAAUCUCAUCGAUAGAUGUCUUAUUGAAAUCAACGGUGAUCAAAGGUUGUGGAUGCAUCAACUAGUAAGAGAUAUGGGUAGGGAAAUUGCUCGUCAAGAAUCACCCAAAUGUCAAAGAAUAUGGCAUCAUGGGGAUGCUUUUACAGUUUUGAAAGGAACUACUGAUGUUGAAAAAUUGCGUGGCCUUACCAUUGAUAUGCAUGCAUUAAUGGAAGAUAAUUAUGCAGAAGUUGUCUGUACUGAUUCAAUGGUUUGUCGCAAGCGCCGCAGGCUUAACUUCUUUCAACAAUGGCUUUCUGAUUUUUCUGAUGGGGGAAAAUUACAAACUAGCCAAACAAGUUUGUUUCCCAUCCUCAGCACGGAUACUUUUACAAAGAUGCCAGAUGUAAAAUUUCUCCAACUAAACUACACUAAUUUUCAUGGAAGUUUUGAGCACUUUCCCAAGAAUUUGAGAUGGUUAUGUUGGCAUGGAUUGUCUUGGAGCUCCAUACCAAAUCACAUAUGCUUGGAGAAGCUGGUGGUUCUUGAUCUAUCCAGAAGUUGUCUAGUUGAUGCUUGGAAGGGCAAACCGUUUCUUCCAAAAUUAAAAAUUCUUGAUCUCCGUCACUCUCGUGAUCUCAUUAGAACCCCAGACUUCUCGGGUCUCCCAGCCCUUGAAAAGCUAAUACUUGAAGACUGCAUUCGUUUGGUUCAAAUUCACGAAUCUAUUGGUGAUUUACAAAGAUUGUUGAUCUUAAAUGUAAGAAAUUGUACAAGUCUUAUGGAGCUUCCAGAAGAAAUGAGUAGAAUGAAUUCACUUCAAGAGCUGGUUUUAGAUGGUUGCUCAAAUCUUAACAGCCUGAAUAUGGAGUUAGAGCAUCAUCAGGGGCGCAAGUUGCUUCAAAGUGAUGGAAUUGUUGCAUCAUUCAUUACAUCUCUUCCACUGAAGCUAUUCUUUGCCUUUAGGUUUUCAACGAGGAAAAUGUUGAGAUUUACCUUGUUUUCACUGCCAUGCUUCUUGGAGAGUCUAGAUUUAAGUGGAACUCCAAUUCGUUUUCUUCCAGAAAGCAUCAAGGAUCUUGGUCUACUCAGAGCCCUAUAUUUAAGAAAUUGCAAAAUGCUUCAGGCACUCCCAGAGCUUCCAUCCCAUUUGGAUUCGUUAGAUGUGUCCUUUUGCUAUUCACUGCCACACAUUGUAAAUCCAGAUCACUUAGUCAAGUUCCAAGAUCGGAUGAAGCAAGAAUUGAUCCAAAAGUUUGACUCGCACAUGCUCAGACUAUUGGAAACGGUUAGUGCUCAAAUACAGCCAUCGAGAUUUAAGCUAGCAUUGUAUAGAAGCGCAUUCAGCCUUGUCGCAUAUGCAUUUGAUGAAGAUGAGAUGUUAAGGGGGUUUCAUGAGGAGCAAGAAGAGGAUAAAUGGCUAAUUCAGAAUGAGUUUGUAGGUAACUUUUCAUUCAAAAUGUCCUCGCCUCCUCCUGCGCACCAGAUAUGCGGCUUUAAUCUGUUCAUAAGUUGUGCGACGUCAGCAUACCGUGGCUUUAGUAAUGUUUAUAUUGAAAUCAGAAACAAUACCAGUGGUCGUUCCUUGCUCUGUCGAGCCUUUGUCUUCCCUAUGAGGUACGCGCGUGGUGUUCGUGAAAUCCAAUCGCUAUUGCACACGAAAUUAGGGGUCGGUGAUCCUACAUUCGAAAAUGGUGAUGACAUGAGUGUUUCAGUGCGUCCACAUAGUCCAGCUAUCCAAAUAAAGGCGAUUGGUGUCCAAUGGUUGCAUGAAGAGGAAGGAAAUGAUGAUGAUAUCCAAUCAAAGGAUGGUGACGCACACGUUGCCAAAGUAGAAAUAGCUUCUCGUGUUUUUAGAAAUUAUUAUUGUGGUUACCAUGGUAAAUACAGUCAUCGCAAUUUAACUUAUUGGAAAUUUUCAAAGAAGGGUGUAGAAUCGUAAAAUGAAA